AUGGCCACAGUAAUUGAAAAGACUCGUAAUUCUGAUGAAAAAAUACCACGUUCAUCAAGUGUUGAUUCAGCUAUAGAUGAUGGAGAAGAUUCACCAGAUGAAAUAUUUGAAUGCGAUGAAGAAAGUUUAGAUGAACUUCAUGAGGAUAAUCAAACAAAUGGACCAUGUAAAGCACUUACUCCGCGUUUAAUUCGUUAUGGAUCAAAACGUAUACCAAUUAUUCAAUUUUCCCCCAAAGUUGUCUAUGGUCGAUGUCCAGAAGCACGAAAAAUUGGAGAAAAACAUGCAUUAACAUUUAAAUUUCUUAAAAAUGAUACAAAAUUAAUUCGAAAUAUUCUUGAAGGACAUGGAUUUCGUGAAGUUCAUCCAGCCAGUUCAGAAUUUAAUAUAAUGUGGACGGGUGGUGGAAUGAAACCCUUUUCACUACGAACAUUGAAUCCAUUUCAACGUAUCAAUCAUUUUCCUCGAUCAUAUGAAAUAACACGAAAAGAUCGUUUAUAUAAAAAUGUUCAAAAAAUGCAACAAGAAAAAGGAGUUAAAAAUUUCAAUUUUAUUCCAACAACUUUUCUUCUGCCUUAUGAAUUUGAAGAUUUUUCUGCGACAUUUCAACGUGAGAAAGGAAUUUGGAUUAUAAAACCAGUUGCUUCAUCACAAGGAAAAGGAAUAUUCUUAAUUAAUCACCCUGAUCAAGUUCCAUUGGAUGAAAAUCUUGUUAUCAGUCGAUAUAUUGACAAUCCUCUUCUCAUUGAUGGAUAUAAAUUUGAUGUUCGAAUAUACGUUGCUGUCACUUCAUACGACCCACUUGUUGUUUAUCUUUAUGAAGAAGGUUUAACCAGAUUUGCAACAGUGAAAUACGAUUCGAACAGCCGAAGUAUCAAAAAUGCUUUUAUGCAUUUAACAAACUACAGUGUAAACAAACGAAGUCAUCGAUAUGUUAGAUGUGAUGAUCCGGAUAUCGAAGAUUUUGGAAAUAAAUGGUCAAUGUCUGCAAUGUUACGUUUAUUAAAAGCUGAAGGUAAAGAUACAUUUAGUUUAAUGAUGGCGAUUGAAGAUGUGGUUAUUAAAACAUUACUCACUGUUGAAUCACAAAUUUCUGCUGCUUGUCGAAUGUUUCUUUCAACAAGAGGAAAUUGUUUUGAAGUUUACGGUUUUGAUAUUUUAAUUGAUGAAGAUCUUCGACCAUGGGUAUUAGAAGUGAAUUUAUCUCCAUCGUUAGCUUGUGAUGCACCAAUUGAUUUAAAAAUUAAAACACAUAUGAUAUGUGAUUUAUUCAAUUUGACCUCAAUGCCUUGUGUUGAUCCUGCAGUUUAUUCAAAUAAAUUAAAACAACAGAAAACAGAAUCAAAUCUUCAAACCGAUCAAUAUAAACGACGUCGUCCAAUAUCUGCUGGUUAUUCAUUAACAAAUAUAUUGCCAAAUGGUCGACCUGGACGUGCAACAACUGCGAAUCGUCCAAGUCGAUCAGGAAAUGCUAAUGGAACUGAAAAUGUCCGAAAUGAAUACUUUGGUUUAUCACAAGAAGAAAUUCGAAUUUUACGAACAGUAAAAGAAGAAUCUCGUCAACGUGGUGGUUUCGUUCGAAUAUUUCCUACAAGUGAUACUUAUGAGUUCUUUUCAAGUUUUUUUGAACAACGAACAACAUCAUUUAAUCAAAUGAUUCAUCAACGUCUUUAUCCAUCACGAUGGUCAUCAAUCGCAUUGAAUUCUCAGCCAAACAAUGGAUCAAUUCGUCGUACAACAGCUCCACGUUGUAAACUUCUCUCCUCAGCAUUCAAUUAUGGACAUUCAUCAGAAAAGGAUUUAACACCGAAAAUAUCUGGUUGCGAUCUUGAUGAAGCUUUAGAACGAUAUCGAAUUUAUGAAAGAAGAUUAAUUGACAUAGCUCCUCCAUCAUAUCCUCAUUCAUCAGCAUCAACAAUCACAACAACGAGUGUAUCGGAGACAACUAAAACAAACGAUAAUCUAUCAAAGUCUCAAAUUCUGCCUGAUAAUUUGGAUCAAAAUCCAUCUCGAUUAACAAAUCUUCAUCGAACUACAUCUGUUCCUCCUUCACUUCCUAAAUCCAAUCAAAAAACUGAUUCUUCACCAAAACGUUUAACAACAGUUGGACAAUUGGUUAAAUCGACAACAGCUCCCACUCCGGGUGAAGGUCGUCAUUCAAUUUAUGCGAAAAACGAUAUUCUUCAAAUGCUCAAUCAAGGUUUAACACUCAGUCCCCUCCAAGCUCGUACAGCAUUUGGAACAUAUCUCCAACGAAUACAAUUUCGUUUAAUGCUCGACUCAGAAUUCAAAGAAGAAGUGACUUCAAGUCAACAUAUGGAUUUAGUUAUUCGAUUUUUAAGACGUGCUGGACAAAAUCUAACACCACCAUUUCGUGUGGAAAUUCCUUCACGUCGUUUAUCACAAUCCGAUCAAAAGCGAAUUUUAGCCAAAGAAUUAUGUGAUUUCCUUCAUUUAUACAACAAAGAAACAGUUUCAUUAAAUCCAACUUCACUUUGUCCAACAGUACAAAUCGACCAUCGUCUCUUUGAAAAUUUUCUUCGUUCAGCAUCUGAAGCUGAUUUAGAACAAAUGAUGACUGCAUAUAUGAAAACAAAUAAAGAAUCGGCAAUUCAUUUAGGUGUGAAUCCCAAAGUAACCAAAUCAGAUUCUGAUAUCGUCGGAGCUGAUCAACAAGCACAAACAAUUUCGACAAAGCCGACUUCUCACGAAGAGAAAACAAUAACAAUUAUUCAAACAAUGUCACCGAAUGAACAACAAACAUGGGCAACAACAACACAAAAUCAAUUAAAUAAACGUUUAUUAAGAGCAUCAAGUGCGUCAAAACCAAAAACAAAUCAGAAGAAAGAAGAACAGAUUUAUAAACUCUAUGGCGUAACACGACCUGUUUCAGCACUCAUAUCUCAAAAGAGACAAUUAACAGCGGCUAUUCCAGAUACAAAAGUUUAUUCACGAGAUCGUCCAAAUUCCGCGAAUGUUUCGGUCGAGCAAAAACGCGAUUUUACUGAACAAUUAACUGAAUUAUCAACAAAACAACAUCGUCGUCAAUAUUCAGGUCGACAUCACUUAAAUAUUUAUGAAAGUCGUUCACCAUCGAAUGAACGUAAUUCCAAUGAGAAUUGUUCGACAAAACAAGAAGAAGUUUUAGAAAAAAGUCGACAAAUUCUCGAAGAAAGCAAAGUAAAAAACGAACAAUUAGCUGAACAAGCAAAAGUCUUUCAACGAACAUUACAACGUCAAGAAAUCUAUUCGGCAUUGAAUCGUUUUGGACAUCGUCCACCAAUUUAUCCAACUGUUGUUAAAGAAUCUCGAAUAUCUUCAAGCAAAUCACAACAAAAUUAA